UCUGUUCACAGGGGAGCUCUGUGUGUUUGUCGUCUUGGCUGCUCGCCCAACUUGGCUCAUUGGAAUCGAGGCAUGAUCGUCGACUCCAGGCAGCCCUCUCUGCCUCGCGUCUGGACCCAGCCCAGCUCUCACCGCUGACAUGGAGAGACCAGCCUCGAGUGACAUGCUGCCCAAGAAGGAUCAUGAGAGGGACCUGGAGCUAGACAAGAAGAUCCAGGCUCUGCGCAGGAAGAACGAAGCGCUCAUGAAGAGGCACAAGGAGGUGGAGGAGGACAGGAAGAGGGCAGAAGAGGAAGGAAUGAUGCUCUUGAACCGCAAGGGCAAAGCUGAGGACCUUACCAUCACAAUCAGCAAAUCCACCAGUGAUAGCCGCGUGGUGGUCACGAAGCCAUUCAGCGGUGGUUCACCGGCUGGGAAAGGACAGCAGGAGGCCGGCCCCGACAAUGGGGGGGAAGCCGCUCCGCAGAGUGCCGGCCGAGGCCACAGGAAGCAGCUAAUGGUCACCAUGGCAGGCAAAAAGGGUAGGAGGGUGGUGAGUGAGAGGCCAGAGAGGAGGCCAGGCUCGACGGACUACAAGAGCCCAAAGGAUGAUGGACAGGCGAGGCGUGUGGAGUCUGCUGGGAGUCAGCAACCUCACAUGACCAAGAGAGACACAGCAGAACAGGAUGGGGUUAAACAAGGGCAGCAGCACACUGAGGACCAUCACAGGCUUUCAGAGCAAUGCCAGGAGUCUGAAAGCCUGCAGGGCGGCACAGACCUCAACAUCCCCACGGCGAAAGAGGAGCAGGUGGAGUAUGUGCGGUGGAAGAAAGAGCGCGAGCAGAUCGACAAGGAGAGAGUGGCACGCCACAGAAAUGCCAAAGGCCAGUGGAAACGGGCGUGGGACAUGGACAAGAAUGAUAACAUGUUUUCAAACAAAACCCUCCCUGACAGAGACUCAGGUGACAAAGGCGGACGAAAUGUUAGAAGAGGACCGUCUCGGGCAGGUCAUGAGAAACGAGGCAAAGACAAGGGAGCUAAAGACGUGCUCGUGAUGAGCAGCAAAGCAAAAGGCAUAGAUCGUCUGACUGGGAGAGCCAGGAGAUGGCAGGCAAAUGAAGACAGAGAGAGCCUACAGUCUGCUGGAACGACAUCGGAAGAGUUUCUGGAGGAACUCGACGCCAUCACAGAUGCUGAGGUAGAUGAUCAGAAAGAUGAGGACCCGAAAUUGAAGCUGUCGCUCAACCCAAAGUCACCGAACACAUCUGAGGAAGUGAGUGCAUCCACAACCCCCACGCAGGGGAAGGCAGAGGCCUCAUCCCCACGGGGUUCAGUGAAGAAAGUGCGUUUCUCCGAAGCGCUCGUCCAGGAGGAUCACACAAAGCCAACCACAGGCACUCAGGACUCUGCCUGCUCAGAAUCACAGCAGAGCUCUGUCCAGCCUGUAGAGCUCGCCAAGUGCAACACCAGUAACACAAACACAGAGGAACUAAUAGACUCCGGCCUGUCGGUCCUGAGCCUGGAGUCGGGAGAAACACACCCGACACAACUGGGAGAAACAGACCCGACACACCCGGGAGAAACACACCCGACACACCCCACACAACGGGGAGAAACACACCCGACACAACUGGGAGAAACAGACCCGACACACCCGGGAGAAACACACCCGACACAACUGGGAGAAACAGACCCGACACACCCGGGAGAAAUACACCCCACACAACCGGGAGAAACACACCCGACACAACCGGGAGAAACACACCCCACACAACCGGGAGAAACACACCCGACACAACCGGGAGAAACACACCCGACACAACUGGGAGAAACACACCCCACACAACCGGGAGAAACACACCCCACACAACUGGGAGAAACAGACCUGACACACCCGGGAGAAACACACCCGACACAACCGGGAGAAACACACCCCACACAACCGGGAGAAACACACCCGACACAACCGGAGAAACACACCGAC